UAUGUUUGUCAAUGUUAACAAAUACUCAAUCACCUGAACACUUCAACAUCCUUUGAAUGAGGGGUGAACCUACUUGGUUAAUGGUACAAAUUGUACUUUUAACCCUCUUAAACCUUAAUAAAAACAGCAUAAAAACCCAAUCUUCAAACACCAUUUCCAUCGUAUUCAUCUCUUUCCUUUAACCACGAAAAAACACCAUGGGAGUUUCCAAUAACAUAACAGCAGUUCUCAACAUAGUUGCUCUCCUCUGUUCCAUCCCCAUCAUCGCCGCCGGCAUAUGGUUAGACCAAAAGCCCGACAACGCCUGUGUCCACCUCAUCCGGUGGCCGGUCAUCCUCCUCGGCUUCCUCAUCCUCCUUGUCUCCCUCGCCGGCUUCGUCGGCGCUUACCGUUACAAAGAAACCCUCCUUGCUUUCUACCUUUGUUGCAUGGCCAUCCUCAUUGCCCUCCUCCUAAUUUUGCUUGUCUUCGCUUUCGUCGUCACCAGGCCGGACGGCAGCUAUGACGUGCCCGGAAAAGGUUAUAAAGAGUACAGGCUUGAUGGGUACUCCGCUUGGCUUCGAGACCAUGUGGUUGAUAACAAGAGUUGGAGAAAAAUCAAGGCUUGUUUGGCUGAUACCGGUGUUUGUCCUAAGCUGACUCAAAAAUUUAUUACCGCCGAUCAGUUCUUUGCUGCUCAUAUCUCUCCUCUUCAGGCAAGAUGUUGUAAGCCACCAACGAUCUGUGGCUAUACUUUUGUGAACCCAAUACAGUGGACGAACCCAACGAACCCAACCGGCGACCCUGACUGUUACCUAUGGAGUAAUGACCAGACCCAGCUCUGCUACAACUGUAACUCAUGCAGGGCUGGUUUGUUAGGGAACCUAAGGACCGAAUGGAGGAAAGCCAACAUUAUUCUAAUUGUGGCGGUGGUGCUGUUGAUUUUGGUCUAUGUUAUUGCUUGCAGUGCCUUUAGAAAUGUCCAAUCGGAGGAACUCUUUAGCCGCCGGAAACAUUGACAAUGGUUUCUUCAUCGGAAGUUAUCUCUUUUUCUGCUAGCUUUUGAGGUUUCUUUUAUGUGUUUUUUGUUGGAUGCGUUUGUGUUGGGGUUGUAGAUGUAAUGAAUAUUAUCGUAAUUAUUAGUACGUGGAUUUGUUA